AAUUAUUGCAGGAAUUCCUGCAAAGAAACCGUAGAGAGAAAGAGAGAGAGAGAGAGAGAGAGAGAGGAUGUGCAGUCAAUUCCCAACUUUAGAAGAGAAGAUAUAUGAUUCUGAUUGUUCUUGCAGUUCUUCCAUGAUCUUGUUUUCCUUCUUGCUUCUUCUGUUCUCUCGCUGCAGAAGCAACGUCGUCACAUGAAGGCAAGGGAUCAAGGAGAGGGAGAUCGUAAUACUGGUCUUCCAAAUCAGCUCAUGGCUACAAACUUCUUUGACCAGGAGGGAGCUGCUUACUUUGGGGAGCUGGAAGAAGCACUCAUGCAUGGAGUUGCAGGGAUCACAAGUGAGCAAGAGGAAACUUCCUUCUGCACGAGCAGACCCCCAACUCUUGAAAUCUUCCCCUCAUGGCCAAUCAGAUUCCAACAGGCUUCCAAGACUGAGGGGAGCACUGAUUCAGGUUCAGUGCAGAACACAAUUUCCCAAAUGAACUCAGAGGAGUCUCCAGGGAGCAGAAAGGCUUCUUCGGAGCUGUCUGGGAAGCAGAAGGAAGAGAUGGCGAGUGAUGCUCCUCAGACAAACCAGAAGCUGAAAACACAAGAAAAGAGAAGAUUGGUUGGUUCUACUUCAGAUAAAGAUGGCAAAGAACUCGAUCCAAAGACAUUAAAACGCUUAUCUCAGAAUAGAGAAGCAGCCAAAAAGAGCCGGCUGAGAAAGAAGGCUUACAUACAACAACUAGAAUCCAGUAGAAUAAAACUUACUCAACUGGAGCAAGAUCUCCAGAGAGCUCGGGCACAGGGCAUUUUCUUGGGAGGAUGUGGCACAGAUGGAAAUGUCAGCUCUGUAGUGUUUGAUAUGGAGUACUCUCGUUGGUUGGAUGAGGGCUGCAAGAACACCAUGGAACUCCGGCAAGGUUUGGAGGUUCAUCUCCCAGAUGCAGAUCUCAGAGUCAUAGUAGACAAAUGCCUCACGCACUAUGAUGAACUGUCCCAGCUCAAAGCCACUGCAGCCAAGUCGGAUGUGUUCCACAUCAUAACCGGCAUGUGGGCGACUCCGGCGGAGAGGUGUUUCCUAUGGAUGGGCGGAUUCAAACCAUCUGAGCUUUUAAGGGUCAUAAUGCCACAACUUGAUCCUCUUACUGAACAACAGCUAGUGGGGUUAUACAACCUCCAACAAUCCUCCCAACAAGCGGAGGAGGCACUAUACCAGGGACUCGAGCAAUUCCAACACUCACUUGCCAACUCCGUGGCCGGUGACUCGCUCAUCGAAAGUGCAAAUGUCGGGAAUUAUAUGGGUCACAUGGCUCUCGCAAUAGGGAAGCUUGCCAACCUUGAGGGAUUCGUUAGACAGGCUGAUAAUUUAAGGCAGCAAAGCCUUCACCAGAUGCAUCGAAUUCUAACAAUACGACAAGCCGCAAGGUGCUUCUUGGCCAUCGAUGAGUACCACAGUCGACUCCGCGCUCUAAGCUCCCUUUGGGCUUCUCGACCAAGAGAGAACUUGAUGAAUGAGAGUGCCGUGCCUGUGACCACAGAGCUCCAAAUAGUUCAGCAGCCAGUAGAUGGUCAUUUUUCAGGCUUCUAAAACCUGCAAGAAUGUGAAGAGAUUCAUUGCAUUUAUUGACAGCACUUGUUGGUUGCAUAUGAGGAAAGCUGAGGUAACAAGUGAUGGAAUGGAUGCAUGCAAUCAAUAGGUGAGAGAGAUUCUUUCACAAUGAACAUGAUGAGAAAAGUUAGGCAGAAGAAGAGGAGGAAAAGGACUGAUCAUUUCCAUGAGACUGUAGAUAAGGCUGUGUUCCUCCACAUCAAGCCCUCCUUAUCUGUAAGUUGUAUUAGAACACACUUUGGUCACAGAUUUAAUGUAAACAAAAAAAAACAAAAACAAAAAAGAGCAGCUUAUGUGCUUACUCUUGCUGUCCUUUUCAUCUUUCCAUAUAAAAAUAUUGGCCCUGCCAUUUUGCUA